UGGCCCUCUCCAGGGUCAUAGGAAGUGCUCUGGGGAAACUGGAAAAUCCAGUUGCCAUGUUCUCAUGGUGCCCCCAACACUGGUGCUAAGGACCCAGGGUAAAGAGAUCCCAUUUCCACAUCUCUUCUGGCACUGGAGACGUGGGGUAGCCACCAUGGAGUCUUUGAUGCGCCUCUUCCUCCUCCUGGCCCUCCUCAGCAGCUCACAGGCAGGGCCAAAGGUGACUUUGCAGGUAAAGCUGACCGAGGCUUUUCAGGCCAAGACCUCCCAGAUCUCCAGCGCUCUGGACAUGCUCCAAAAGAUCUGCCUCCUCCUCCACCUGCCAUCAGGGACCAAUGUCACCCUUCUUCACAAAGGACCACCACACUUCCUUACUUGCAGAGCCUGAAAGCAGCUGGAGCCUGUGUGGGCCUGGAGCAGUCAGAUUUUGGAAGUGAACACUCCUUGACCUAGCAGGCUCCUGCCCUGCUGCAAGCUAAUAAACGUGGAAUUCAGUGAU